CUUUAUUUCCACCAGGAAACUGCACGCUCACUAACCCUUGAACCUCCCAAGAACUCACUUCCACCAGAUUAAUCUACCCCCCUAAAUAUAAUAUAUAUAUAUAUAUAUAAAGAAUCUCCAUAUUUGAUAUCUCUAUACUCAAUAUCCAUAUCUAAUCUCUCCUAUCUUCUUUUUUCUUGAUUCGCCCAGGACAUGGAGAUCACAGUCUUAUCAGCUGAAGGUCUCAAGAGCACAUCUUCAAGGCCUUUCUCUCACCGCUUAAGACCUUUCGUCACCCUCACUACUUACCAGCCAGUCCCAUGCAACACUACUGAUAAGAAUUGCCAGGUUUUCACAACAAGGAUUGAUGAUCAAGGAGGAGCCAAUCCUACUUGGGGUGAUAAGUUCCAUGUGCCUAUGGACGCUGCUACCCUUUUUGCUAACAGAUAUUCUUGCAUAUACGUUGAACUCUACACUAAAAGGCUCCUUAAAGGAAAAGUAUUACUGGGUUGGUGCCAGAUUCCGGUCACCGAUAUUGGGUUCCCUCCGGAUAGUUCGGUUAGGCACUUGAGCUAUCGGAUAAGGGAUAGAGAUGGCACAAGAGGCCAAGGAAUUAUCAAUCUUGCUAUAAAGUUAACGGAUUUUGAACAAGGAAGUAGUCAAAGAUUGUCAGACAAUAUUAAUUCCUCAGAUCAUCAAAAAGCUUCUGACGGUUAUCAAACGGUGAUUGGCAUUCCGGUUACAGUUUUUCCCCACAUGAAUUUUUGUGAAUGAGUUCCAUAGAUAAAAAUAUUAUAUCAUUACUACAUAGUGCAAAACUGGGAAAAUCUUGGCACGUUAUUAAAUCAGACGAAUGGUUUAAUGAUUUGGUUUCAACGGGCAAUAUGGCAACAGUAGUGCCAAACGUGUGGCUUCAACAUCUCAAGGCAGGAUUAUGUCUUAGUUUACUUUCUGUUCUUUCCUCACUCUGCUAUGGAGCUGGACAGUUCUGGAGUUGUCAAAUGGAACCGAAGUGAAGCUGAAGGUGUUGUUUCUGUGAACUGAGGGAAAAAUAUCAAAGUUAUGUCCUAAACAGGACAAGUGGCCUGAUCUUUGGACGGGAGAGAGAUAAAACAUGUGUACGCAAUCAUGGUUGUGUUGGUAAUAUGUCUUUUUCUGAUUUUAAUUGGGUAACAAUUAACAUUUUAAAUCAAGGAGAUGCUUUCCAGGAAUCUAGCUAGUUGACUUGGUUUACUCGGUGCGGUUCCACUUUUUCCAUUGUUCACAUUUUCAUCUCUUUUGCGCUUACUCAGCACCACAUAAGGAGAUAUAUGUCAAAUGUAUACACCCGAAAUACAUAGAAAAGUUGUAUUUUAUAUUGAUAGUAUAUACUUAAUUAUCUAAAAUUAAUAAAUACAUAUUAAUUAUUCUUCAA